AUGACGUCUAUUAAUGAAUUACGUUUCAAGCGAGGUUUGAGCAAGGGAGCUCUAACAAGAUUUCAAAAUUUUGUUGAUAAAAUUCAAUUGGAUAGUCUCGAUGUCAAAAUAGUUGAACAGCUCAAGGCGAGGUUAAGCAUGCUAGAAAACACAUAUUGCGAGUUUUCAAAAUAUCAAGACCUAAUUGAAUAUCAUUUACAAGUAGACGAAGCACAGGAUGUUGAGGCUGUUUCACGCGAACAAGAUGAGCGCGAACUCUUCGAAAACAAUUAUUUCAAUUUACUUUCAUUUGUCAAAUCCACAAUAAUACAAUUUGAAGAUACCAAUGACAGUGUCAACAAUGUCGGUAAUACUAGAAUGCCAAGCAAUGAUGAAAGUAUAUCAUCAGCAUAUUCAGAUAAACAAUUGGCUAAAUUGCCAGCACUUGUGUUACCCCAAUUUUCAGGUUCAGUAGAAAAUUGGCUGGAAUUUCGAGAUAUCUUCAAUUCUUUAAUAGAAAAUAACAGGUCCUUGGACGACGUUCAAAAGUUUUAUUAUUUAAAGUCAUGUCUAAAGGGAGAGGCAUCCCAUAUCAUUGAAUCAAUUGCAAUUACUAAGGACAAUUACAAGAUUGCAUUCAAUUUGUUAAAGGAAAGAUAUGAAAAUAAAAAACUGAUUGUUGAAAGGUAUAUCAACAUUUUAUUACAUGCUAGUCCGAUUCAAAAAGAAAAUUCUACCGAGUUAAGAAAACUGCACGAUUCAUUCAUAAGCACUUUACGCUCCUUAAAAGGUCUAGGUCAGCCCACGGAACAUUGGGACACAUUCAUGGUGUAUUUGCUUGUUUCAAAAUUCGAUAGUAGAACUCGUAGAGACUGGGAAAACCUCAAAAUUCAAGGUGAACUUCCCACGUUGAAAGAGAUCAGUUCCUUUCUGAAAGAAAAAUGUGAUAUAUUAGAAAAAUACUCCAAAUCUGAUAAACAUUUUGAAAAUACAUAUAAAAACGACGCAAGUAAGAGUAAAAGAGUUAAUGCAUUUGUAGCAAAUGGUUUUGCUUGCUACCUGUGCAACGGCAAUCAUUCUAUCUUCAAAUGCGAUAAAUUUCUAAGGCUUAAUGUACACGAAAGAAUGAAUGAAAUUCAAAAAAUGAAUCGUUGUGUCAAUUGUUUUGGAAAACAUUCUUUGAAAGAGUGCAAAAGAUCUACCUGCAAGAUUUGUCAUAGAUUUCACAAUACUCUGUUACACCGUUCGAAUUCCGAACGCUCUGAUAAAGGUGAGACAGGAGCAUCGGUUACAGCAAACGCUACGGUCUGCAACGACACAAGCAGCGUCGCAUCUAGCAACUCUGCCAUAGUUCAUAGGGCAGUCGAAACUACAGAUCCCGCAAAUUGUUUGAAUAUUUCGUCCAAUGCUGCUACGGCCGGCGGCACGAUGUCGAUUCUGUCGACGGCGAAGGUUGAAAUAAAUAAUAGACAGGGAGGUGAAUGGAAGUUACCUACCUGUAAACCAAAUCGCGAUACAAGUAGUUACCUAUGUAUUAAUUCAAGGGUCGAUGAAGACAGCGUUCUUAAUGACAAUUUGAGAAAAUUCUGGCAAAUUGAUGAAUCUCUGGAACCGGCUAUCAAAAAUGAAUUUUGCGAAAAACAUUUCGUCGAAAGCUAUUCUCGUCAAAGGGAUGGCAGAUUUAAGGUCAAAAUUCCUUUUAAAGAGAACAUUAAGAAAUUAGGUAAAUCAAAACAAAUGGCUCUUAAAAGAUUCGAGGGUUUAGAAAAACGUUUGAAACAGAAUCAACAUUUGAGGGAACACUAUAAUAAAUUCAUGCAAGAAUAUUUGACAUUGGGUCAUCUAAAGCCAGUUGAAGGCGAAAUCAACGAUUUGGCUGAUGAUGGCACAGUGUAUUACGUCCCGCAUCAUGCGAUUUUCAAGAACUCAACUACUACACCAUGUCGCGUUGUGUUUGAUUUUUCGGCAAAAACAGACAGCGAUAUAUCAUUGAAUGAUGCGCAAGGAAAUGCAUUCAUUCGUAAUGAGUGCCGACAUUGGGAAGAUGUUCAGGCAAAUCUGGAUACACCCUGA